CCCCGUUGCCCCACGACCAACCCCAUCGUUCUCUUUCUCUUCUAAUUACUUUUUCUCAUUCUCAUCAUCUUCUGCCCACCAAUUUCCACUCCCAUCUUCGCGUCCUAUCUUUUUAGUUUUUUUUCCCCCACAAGAUGACAUCCUUCGACUUCAUCGCCCAGAAAGACGCCCAGGAAGCGCAAAUGGCAUUCAUACGCAGAGUCAUUGAUGCGAAAAACGAUAUUGUAACCUUUGUUGAUAACUGUCUGGCAUGGAACCAGGCCGGAAGGUUCCUCGAUUACUUCAAAGGCUCAUUCAAUCUCAGCAUCGCCGUUGAAAAUGUCGAGACCAGCGAACGUGUUCUUAUUCGCUUUCCAUUCCCAGGGAAGAUAUACGGGCCGUGGCGAGACAAGAAAGUUAAGGACGAGGUCAUGGUCAUAGACUACCUCUACGAACAUACGAGCAUCCCCGUUCCACGUGUGUAUCACUGGGGUCUCACUGAAGAGAGUCCGCAGCAGCUGGGACCUUUCAUAAUCGAGGGUUUUAUGGAAGGGGAAAAUCUCGGUGAUAUUCUGAAAACCCCCACCGAGAACGAGGCGGAUCCUGCCAUUCUGAAUCCAAAUAUUGACGAGGCAACGCUCAGCAUUGUUUACGAACAGAUCGCUGGCUUCAUACUAGAGAUUUCGUGCUUGACAUUCCCGCACAUUGGUACAAUCUCCAAAGACACCAUAUCUGGCGAGUGGACUGUUACUGGACCCCCACUAACCUACGACAUGAAUGAAGUUGUCACCUUUGCUGGCUUUCCCGCCGACCACUUCACGACCAUGGUUCCAUUCAGUCGUGCUAGUGAUUACUUUACAGCGCGCGCGCAAUGCCUACAGACGAACUUGGACACACAGCGCAAUAUAGCGUUCGAAGCUAAAGACACCAUCUGGAACCGGUACGUUGCGCGUCACUGCUUCGCCAAGCUAAUUCCUUCGCACGGAAUCAUCGACGAUUCCGGGCCAUUCCGGCUCUUCUGUGACGAUCUGCGGCCUUCGAAUAUGCUUGUUGACCCUAAGACGAUGCGCAUAACCGCUGUGCUCGACUUCGAGUUUACGAAUGUCAUGCCGGCUCAAUUUGCCUAUGAUCUACCGUGGUGGCUAAUACUUGGGCAGCCGGGCAUCUUAGUAAGCGAGGGAAAACAGAAAUUCCUGGAGGUCUUCGAGCCGCGGAAGGAGCAGUUCAUCCGCGCAAUGGAGAAAGUCGAGGCCAAAUCACCCCUCCCAGCUAGAGAACUACGCCUCUCGGCUCGAAUGCGGGACUCGUGGGUCAGCGAGCGUUUCUGGUUCAAUCUUGCAUCGCGCAGCAGCUUCGACGUCGACGAAAUCUACUGGGAGACUCUACAUAAGGAUGGCUUAGGCGAGGCGAUGUUAGACACGACGAUACUUGCUAGGAAGGAUAAAUUCCUGGAACGGAAGAAGGCUCAGUUCGAUGCGUAUUUGGCAGAAAAGCAGCAUGACCCGCGCUUUGAUCAUUAGCCUUUUGAUCAUGGAGACGGGGAAGAAGAUCAGGAGUGCUACCGAAAGCAAGUGGAGGACAUUGGCAGAGACUUCGCAUAAUCGCAAAAUCUCCAGCAUAGACUGGAAAAGCUCUUGCUUAGCGCCCUUCCUGUGACCUGUUUCACGAAACAAACAGCUUGUGUUCAUCAACUCACCCCUCAGGCAGUACUGGGUGUUUCGAACGACCAAUUGCACAGCUGGAAGAAACACUGGCGGCUGGCAUAGUUGGUCACUGAUAGAUCACAAGGGGUUAGUGAUGCAGGAAUUAUCAG